GUAUACUAGUAACCAACUCAUAUACCCCGUUAUUAUACGAAAGGUGGUCCGUGUGUUGCACCCCGUCUGGGGAAAGAUGUAUCUAGCAACUUCCAUCCACGAUUAAGCGCAGAUUCAAGCGAAAAGCUAAGCAAAUUCCUACAUAACCUACCUUGUAUGUAAUUCAUCAUAGAGACUGGGAUAUAACUUAAAAUUGUCACUUUUUUAUCUUCAAGCAAAAAAGAAAAGAAGAAGAAUAGCCAAAUGGUGAGAAUUCUUCAGACGCAGUUACCUCUCAGAGUCCUGAGCCGCAGCAGCAGUAACAACAACAAUAGCCGACGCCAACUAUACCACCGUCUAUACCGCUCUUACCCGCUGUCAUUUAAUACCCGAGCCAUGUCAUCAGCGCCAAACUCGAAUGCUAGCGCCAGCGCAGAGGAGCAGCAGCAGCAGCAGCAACAACAACAAGCUUCCGAAAGCAAAAUUCCCCUGCCGCUCCCGGAGCCGGACCAGACCGGCGACGCCACGCAGGUGUCUGUAGGCGGUGAAGCUGUGAAACUAGACCACUUGGGCCCGCUUGUCAUUAACGAGGACGGGACGAUGAGUCGCAUCAGCAACUGGGCCGAGAUGGCCGAGAUCGAGCGGAACAACACCCUGCGCAUCCUGGGCAAGCGAAAUAAGAUGCGUCUAGAUGCCCUCCGAGCCAAAGGUCAAGCCCAGCCUUCCGAGGGUCAAUCCGGGAAUGGAAGCUGAGAUACCUACCUUAGGUACCUAUACCGGUAUCUGAAGUACGGAUUAUUCAUGUUGUAUAUGUAUGCAACAUAUUACUCUUUUUUACUUUUUCUUUUUUCGUUCUUUUUUUCUUCCUUUUCAGGGGAAAAGGAUCGGCGUUUCGGCGUGAGACGAGACGGAAAAAUGACAUGUGUGUACAUCUAAACGAAACGAGGACUUUCUCGGGGCUUCUCAUAAAGGAACACCCGGAUAUUAUAGGUAUUAAACAUAAAAUGCACACCUAAUAUUUAUGAACUUGUUCCAUUAUCCCCUAGUUAUAACAAUUUUUUCUAUAAUUGUG